AUGUCUCUCAAACUCGGGUUCAUUCUUUUUGUGCUCGGAGUCGGUCUGGUUGAAUCGAGGGCAAAACAUCAAUGGGGAAAGCUCACCGCCGACAAAAUAGAACAAUUCAAGAAGGCUCAUCCUCGUACAAAUGUCGAUCGUUUUGUAUCUGCAUUGGAUCGAAUGAACGAGAGAAUGGCAACAAAGGAACCGACAGCCGAAGAGAAAUUGAAUCUAGCGGAGAUCAUCAAAGGUCUGAAGAAUCACAAACGAUCGCCUCGCCACCACAAAGAGGGAGAUUCCCUCAGCCAGAUUAACACGAAUGCUGGAAUUGCAAAUAGUCUUUACGGUGGUGAUAUGGUUCUCUCAGAUCCUCAAGUAGACGUGAUUCUUGGUGAUUUUCUCGACGAUUCGGAGACGGGGAGAGACAAGAGACAGGCCCACUACUCUGCAAAAUACCCGACCGAUCUCUGGGGAAACACUUUUUAUUAUUACUUCGAUGCAUCCCUAAGUGCAAAGGCAAAAAAGGCGGCACAAAUGGCGAUCGCAUUUUGGCAAAAUUCGACAUGUGUGGAUUUUGUGGAGAGUCAAACAAAUCCAAAUCGUGUUCGUUUCUUCAAGGACGGCGACGGUUGCUACUCGGAUGUGGGCAUGAUGGGGGGAGUUCAAGUUCUCUCUUUGGGUACUGGAUGUGAAUAUUUCUACAUAGCCGCUCACGAGAUCGGUCAUGCUUUGGGCUUCUUUCACGAACAAUCGAGAUAUGACCGAGACACUGCAAUCACCGUCAAUUCGGGAAAUGUUAUUCCUGAUCAACGUUAUAAUUAUAACAAGCUGACUACGUCGAACAACAACAACUAUUUGAUGCCAUAUGAUUACGGUAGCAUCAUGCAAUACGAUGAGUUAGCAUUUACCUCAAAUAAUGGAAGGACGAUGUUUGCCAAGCGCGCCGUCUAUCAGAACACAAUGGGAUCAGCAUUGAUUUCCUUCUACGACAUCUCGAUGAUGAACUCAUAUUAUAAAUGCAAAGCAAAAUGUCCUAACGGAGCGACUUGUGUGAACGGGGGAUUCCGCAAUUCGAGGAACUGUAAUGUUUGUAUUUGUCCAAGCGGAUGGGGUGGAAUCACCUGUUCGGAGAGGGAAAGCGGUUGUGGGGCUGCAUUGAUAGCCAAGGGACCAAUCCAGACGCAAUCAAUCACAAUCGGCGCAAACAAUGAGUUUGACACCGAAUAUGAGACUUUCGAAAAGUGUAACUACAUAAUCAGAGCUCCGAUGGGGUACAAAAUUGAAGUGAUCCUGAAGACGAUGACGGGUAUCGAUUGCAUUCCUGGUUGCGUUUAUAAGGGAAUCGAAGUGAAAGCAAUGAGUGAUCAUCGAUACACCGGAAUACGCUAUUGUUGUGAGGAAGAUAUUGGAACAAAGAUUGUUUCUGAGGGAAACGUGAUGCCGGUCUCACUAAUAGGGCCCGGUUGCAACAUCCCUGGAUAUUUCAUUCUUCGAUUAGCUUGUAUG